UAGACACCGAGCGGCUCGAGCUGAGACUGCAGCUCUGCGUGCUUUCCAGCCAAAGGGGGGUGGAUCGCUGUGUCUUUAAACACUUUUCCCUGAUCAUUUAAUCUCGCAAUUCUACAAAAUGGUCAUUAAAGUCUUCCUGGCAUCCUCCUCGGGAUCGACGGCGAUCAAAAAGAAACAACAAGAUGUUGUCGGGUUUCUUGAGGCACUUAAAAUCGAUUACGCACAACUUGACAUCGCUUCAAAUGAGGAUAACCGGCAGUGGAUGAGGGAAAAUGUCCCUGGAGAAAAGAAGCCCACCAGUGGAAUUCCUCUGCCUCCACAGAUUUUCAAUGAGGAGAUGUAUUGUGGGGACUACGACACAUUCUUUGAAGCCAAAGAGGACAACACAGUCUAUGAAUUUCUGGGUCUGACACCUCCACCAGGAUCUAAGGAGGCACAACAAGCUGAAAAUUCACAAAAGCUUCAUAAUGGAUCUGGCACAGAGGAACAUCUUGGUGAUGACACAACAAAAAAGGAAAUCAAGGAGGCUGAACAGAACGGAGAUGCACACACAGCAGAGCUGGAGGACGAUGAUCCGGGCAAGAACGUACAGACAGACGCUCAAGAAGAGGAUGAGGAAGAGGAGGAACCCGCAGAAGAAGAUGAAGAGAAUAGAAGAGCAGCUGAGGAGGAAGAGCAGGAAGAAGGAGAAGAGGACAAGGUAGAGGACAACCAUCUGGUUUCAGAGGCAGAAGAUGAUUUGGUGUCUGAGGAGGAAGAAGAACUCAGAGAGCUUGAGGAGGAAGAGGAACAUGCCUCAGAGGAGGACUAAUGUUCUGAAACUGAGGAUUUUAGACCUGGAUUUUCCCACACAGCUUGAAGUGACACCCCACUUGCCCUGGAGCCGUCCAAAAUCACCCACAAACACCUUCACCUGUGCUUUCCUCAAGCCAAAUGUGACACCGCUGCACUGGAGAAUAUGCACUCAAGACUCCGACUUAUAACUGUGCCUUAUCCCAUUACUGAUGAGGCUGCAAAAUGCCUUUUUAUGCUUAAGUGGCGAGUUCCUUGUGAAUUUUAAAGGGAUGUCUUUUUUCUUACUGUACAUAUAGAAGAUAGCUUAUUCUAUAACCUUUGAACUAAUAUUUUGUGACUAGUUGAGCUGAACCAUUUAAAUGUGCCAAACCAAUACUUACAAUACCUCUCAAAUUUUGGACACACUUUGCUACAAGGCUAAAUGCUAAUAAGAAAAUCAACUCAUAGCAAAUUAUUAAUAGGCUUUAUCAACUUCUGGAUGGUAGGAGAAAACUCAUAUGUUGUGUUGUCAAAAGCUCUGCAUUCGAUCAAAUUCAUCAGUUACUUAGCCAAGCUAAGCUAGCCAUAAGAUAAAAUUUUGUAGAUGCUAACAUUGGCAGGUACUUGAUAUCACAUUAUACCCAGAAUCUAUUAAUAAAACAGGACAAGGAAAAAGAAAAUGAUCUAAACGACAAUAAAAUAUGGUUCACGAGUAUGAAGACUGACCAUAGUUUGUUUGGCUAAUAGCAUGAAAGAGAAUUCAAUUUAAAAAGCCAAAAUUAUCAAUAUUAUUUUUCAGCAUAAAGGUCCGUUCACACCAAGAAUGAUAACUAUAACUAUAACCAUAUUUGCUUCCACACCAACAAAAGAUAGCAGUCUGUUUAUUCUAAGCUCACGCGUUGCGGUUUCAAAGUGUGUGCAACAUGUUUUUGCCGUUCUUAUUGCAUUGCAUGGCUUUAACCAGUAGAUGUCCUCAGCAUGCUAUGUUUCGAGUGAAUAGCUAGUGUAAUCGAUCUAAUCUAACAGUGAAUUUAGCUUAAGAAGUCAAUAUAGUGGAAUAAAAACAACGCCUGGUCUUUUUCACUGCAACGUCAAAGGAAGCAAGACAAUGUUGUCGAAACUAGCACUGGAUACCUGAGGUCAUUUUAUGUCACAUUGUUCGCUAGCCUGGCAUUAUGAUCUCAUCAUUAAUACUUCUCACCAUUUAUUCUGAGGGUAUGACCGAUUGUUUUCCAUAUAUCCAUUUUCUUUAAAGUAUCCUUGAAAAGGGGAUUUGCCUUGUCAAACAGUGGUGGUUUUUUCUGGACCUCGGCGAUUAGCUUCUCCGCAACGUCGUCCGCCAUUUUAAAUGAGCGAGCCCUUAAAUUAGAACGGAUUCUGAUUGGCUGUCAGUGUUUUAUCGUUCAACAGCUGGAAAAAAAAUUGUUGUGAAAGUGAUCCCAACGAUAUUGUUCCUCUAUAUCAUUAUCGUUAUAGCUGUGGUGUGGACAGUGCUAUUAAUUUAUAUUUAAAACGAUUUAUAGAACUAUAUCGUUUUCUUUAUAGUUAUCAUUCUUGGUGUGAACGGGCCUUAAGUCAUGUUAAUAAUUUUGCAUAUUUCUGGGUCUAUACAGCUCAUGGUAAUAGCCUAUUAACAAAUGUUUGAUCGUCUUACAGUACGAUUGGAAAUUGCCUAAACAGUUUUAGCUAAUUGAAUAUGAAAUGAGGGCUAAGGAUAUUUAAGGAUAUUUUUGUUUACUUUUGUACAAUUAAUAUUUUCUUUACUUCUUGUAGGUCUCUACUUGAUUUACAAUUAAAAAUUUUGGGCCCUCAGGCAAAAAAAAAAAAAAAAAAAACUGUUUAUAACCCACUGAGUUAAAAUAUAAUGGUUUUGAUUUGUUUGAUAUUUUUUGUAACUACAUAAUCGACAUGCUUCUAUUUCUCUUAUAUUACCCUCAAUUAUGGAAAAUAGUAAUAAUAAAGACUGAGUAGGUGUGUGCAAAACUUGUACUGCAUGUAGUUGACUGUACAUGUAUAAUGCUUCAAAGAUGGUUACAACCACAGCUGAAGUUAAAAUUAGACAAUAACACUGUAAAAGGGCAUAGGUCAUAAUUACCUCCUUUUCCAGUCUAUUGUGUCUGAUUUCAGUCUGAAUAUGUAACGUCAGUUCCUGCGGGAAGCCAUUUUCUGUAGUCAUUUGGCAGUUAUAAUGCACUUUGUAUGUAGACAGAAAUGAAUGGUUGGAAAUACCCUUCUUUGCCAUUAAAGAGUGAGUUUUAA